AUGGCUGAACUUUUGCUCUCUGCAACCCUUCCUUUGUUGUUUGAAAAACUGUCUUCCCCUGAGUUGUUCAAUUAUUUUGCAAAUGAAGAAGGGGUUCGUUCAAAGCUGAAGAAGUGGGAAAGGAAGCUACUGAAGAUUGAGGCGGUGCUCAGCUCUGCAGAAGAGAAGCAACUGACGAACAAGGCUGUGAAACUGUGGCUCGAUGAACUCCAAGACUUGGCUUAUGAUGUAGAGGAUUUACUGGAAGAGUUUUCCUAUGAAGUUUCACGUCAGAACUCCAUUGAUACCCCUUCUUGUUUCAAUCAUUUCACUCCUCGUGCUGUGAAGUUUGAUGUCACUAUGCGAUCCAAGAUGAAAGAUAUCAAUGGCAGAUUCGAAGAGCUCUAUAAAGAAAGAGUUGAACUUGGAUUGAUGCACGAGACUUAUGGAGGGACAUCAAGUAUUGCUGCAUCUACUCAACAAGGAGUAGAUCCAAGACCACCCACUUCCAGUCUACCAACUGAAGAAGCUGUUUAUGGGAGAGGUGAAGACAAAAAAGAAAUACUUAAGAUGGUGUCAAGUGAUAAACCAAUUGAUGCCAACUUUGGUGUGAUAGCAAUUGUGGGCAUGGGAGGACUCGGCAAAACAACACUUGCACGGGAGGUGUACAAUGACAAGGAAUUGGAACAUCUCAAGUUCGAGAAAAAAGCAUGGGUUUCUAUCUCAGACGAUUUUGAUGUAAUGAGAAUCUCGAAGUCAGUUCUCGAGUCAAUAAAUCACACAACCAACAAUCUAAAUAGUUUAAAUGAAAUACAAGAUAAGUUGAAAAAGAAAAUAAGUGGAAGAAAAUUCCUGCUGGUCUUAGAUGACGUUUGGAAUGAAAGAGAGAGUUUGUGGGAAACCUUCAAGUCUCCAUUCAAAGAUAGUGCACGGGGAAGUAAAAUAAUUGUAACUACACGCAAUGAAGGAGUUGCAGUAACAGUGAGAUCCUCUGAAACUCAUAAAUUAAAGACUCUUUCAGAUGAUGAAUGUUGGAAUUUGUUUAUGAAGCAUGCACCUUCGACUGGUAUGGAUACUAACGCUCUUGGGAAAUUUCGUGAACGUGUUGUUAAAAAGUGUGGAGGAUUGCCCUUGGCAGCAAAGACUCUGGGUGGUCUUCUACACUAUGAGCCGAAAGUUGAUGCAUGGGAGAAUAUAUUAAACAGCAGAGUAUGGGAUUCAACUAACGGAAAUGACAUCCUUCCCGUGUUAAGGUUAAGUUACCGUCAUCUUCCUCCACAUCUUAAAAGAUGUUUCUCUUAUUGUGCAAUUUUUCCUAAAGAUUAUGAGUUUGAUGAGAAAGAACUUGAGCUUUUGUGGAUGGGAGAAGGCAUUAUUCAACAGUCAGAUAAGCACCUAAAUUUGGCUGGUGAGUAUUUUCUUCAUUUAUGUUCAAGGUCACUUUUUGAACAAUCAAGUAACAAUAGUUCUAAGUACGUAAUGCAUGACCUUGUUCAUGAUCUAUCACAAUCUGUUUUUGGAGAAAUCGGUUUUAGAUAUGAGGAAACCAUUUCUAUGCUACCAAAAAAAUUUGAAAGGACUCGUCAUUUUUCUUAUAUUUCUAAAUAUUAUGAUGGAAAAAAUAUGUUCAAGGACUUGGAAAAAUUGAAAAGUCUAAGAACAUUUUUUCCAGUAUUUAUGAGUCCUUAUGAUCCGUAUGACCAAAGGUACAUAGAUGCUACAAUUAUUUUUAAUUUAUUGCCGCAUUUGAAGAAGUUAAGAGUGCUAUCCUUAGAAAGAUACAUCAUCACACGUUUACCAAAUUCAAUCGGAGGCUUGAUACAUCUAAAGUAUCUCAAUUUGUCUAACACUAAGGUCAAAAGUUUGCCUAAGUCAAUCAGCUCAUUACUUAACUUGCAAACUUUGCUACUAAAAGAUUGUUCUCAUCUUUUGGAGUUACCUUCCAAGAUGAGAUAUUUGACUAAUCUAUGUCAUCUUGAUAUUAAAGGUGCAACUUCAUUAAAUGGGAUGCCGUCUGGUAUGAAAGAGUUGAAAAACCUCCGAAUGUUGUCUAAUUUUAUUGUGGUCAAAGGGAAGAAUUUCAAUUUGAAUGAUUUGAGGAAUUUAACAUUUCUUAAAGGAGAGCUUCACAUUUCCAAAUUAGAGAACGUUAGUCAUCAAAACCAAAUUAGAGAGCCCAUACUAAAAAAUCUGAAAGAUUUAGAAAUAUUGUUGCUAGAAUGGGGAUCUCAAUCUGAUGGCUCGCCGAAUGAGGAAGUAGAAACACAUGUUCUUGAGAUGCUAAAACCUCAUAGCAAUUUGAAAGAACUUGUAAUCAAGUGCUAUGGUGGUGCAUGUUUUCCAUCUUGGUUAGGAGAUUCGUCAUCGCUCUCCAAUGUGACAGCCCUUAAAUUAGAAAAUUGUAACAACUGUGAAAGUUUGCCUUCACUCUGGAUGUUGAGCUCACUUAAAGACCUAACCAUUAAAGGGAUGAAGAGACUAGAAAAAAUAGAUUUCGAGAUGCUUUUCAAGUCAUUAGAGCUUCUUCAUUUUCAAAAUUUGCAAGAAUGGCGGUGUUGGAACACUAAGAGAGAGAAUGAGGAUGUUGAAACAUUCCCUCUUCUCCGAGAGCUUUCCAUUGUUGAAUGUCCGAAACUUGUUGGAGAAUUACCUAUCAGUCUUCCUUCAUUGGAAAGGCUUUCUAUUCUAUGGUGUCCAGAGUUGAAGGCUUCAAUUUCAAGUGUUCCAUCGCUAUGCAAAAUAGAAAUUAAUGAUUGCAAGGAAGUGGUGCGUCAUACUACCAUAUCUACUGAAUUCUAG